GUUCCUCUUCUCUUGUUAGCUUUCUAACAAGGAUAUAUUCCUUGAUAAACCUACCUUACCUUAGGUAGGUAGGUAUGUACGUAUUCACUUCAUUCACCAUCCCCACGUGACGCCUACCACCUCACUUCGUCCUAACCUUCACGCGCUCUGUUUACCCACAUUACCCAUCCCUCAAUAUCCACCUCUUCAUCCCACGAUAUCAUCCCACAUCCAACCUUUCAUCUCUCCACAAACCAAUUUCCCCCGCAAACCAGCAACCACAAAACCCUCAAAGUCCAAACCACCUAACUACCAAAAUGUCCCAAACCACCUCCUACAAUCAAGUCGCGGAGUCGGAGUCUACUUCCCGCAACGACCCACCAACCACCUCCGCCCCAUCCCGGUACUCAACCCGCAGAGGCCGAUACGCGACGCCAUCAGCGCCUCGCCCACGACAGCUUAGCAACGCGCUGCCCCCACUCAACAUACAAGGGCCCAUGUCCGCAUCCAUGACACGGCGACUUGAGGAGGAUUACCGCGCCGGACGAAUGAGCGAGAGGGUAGAUGUGGAGCGCGAGGUGCUUCAGGCAAUUAUGGAGACGGGGACGGACGAAAAGGGAAGGCGGGAGCUGAAGGCGCGGUAUGCAGGGCUGGGCGAGGCGGAGAGGAGAAGAAGAGAGGUGCUGUUGGCACAGUAUUCGGGCUUUGUGAUGAACAGUGAUGGGACGUUGGAUUAUGGGCUGGACUGUGAAUCAGGGAAGCGGAAGAAGUGGUGGAAGGCUUUGUUUCGUUAG